UGAGUGUGUGUGUCAGUUUUAACGGGCAUGUGUCCCUGCCCCGCACAGAUCUUCUCAAAAAGUUUACGGAAAGAUACACCCCGGACUUUGUGCCUGCCUGCCCGCUUGCUUCCCGCUGUCCACAUCCCGUCGCCGUUCGUUGACCUCAGUCACCUUGUCCGAUUUUCAAUUUGGAUGAGAGGCCCCUGGGUGCUUGAGACCCUCGUACAGUAAUUUGUGAGUCACUACGAGAAUAGUUGAAGCUGUACCUUGUUUGGCAAUAUCUUUUCGUCUUAUAAGUAGCCGGACGGAGGCGGUGUUUUCUGCCAUCUUUCUCUCCAUCCCAAAGUCUCUAGACUGUCCAGUGAAUUACCUUAGGCCUGGCCUCAUCCGCAAACCCUUUUCGUUAGGAGCUACACUACCUCGCUACUUAUUGUGCCUUCCAUCCGCUCACCUUGGCUUCGGUGGCUGCAGAAUUUCUUUGUUAUUGACUCCCCCUUCCACCCCAUUCCCACUAACGCCUUCCUUGUCGCCUCCGACCAGGCCAAUCACAUUGUCCAAUCAUACGUUUGCCAACAGGGUCUUGCCUGCCUUUAAUUCGCCCUCACCUGGACUUUAAGCUCCUUCCUCUGCCGAGAUUCUUUCCUCUCGACCUUGCCAAGCAAAAGUCAAAUCACCUCCGUCGACCAGAGUCAUUCCUGAACUCAGUUUUCUUGACAGCCUCACCUCUCGACUUCUCUUUUUACACAAUCACGGUUCAACUCACAUUCCACUGCAACCAUGGUCGGCCCUGAUAUGGUGGCCCUUCGGGCUGAUGACACAAGAGUCGAGGGACAGGAUCCCCUCAUCCCUCCUGCUCUUCUCAUUUCCGAGAUUCCCAUGACGGAUGCCGCUCUCGAGACUGUUGUCAAGGGCAGGAAGGAGGCCGUAGGUGUCAUCAUGGGCAAGGAUGACCGUCUCCUUGUCGUUGUUGGCCCCUGCUCCCUUCACGAUCCUGCUACAGCUCUCGAGUACUGCAGCAGGCUCAAGGCUCUUUCCGAGAAGCUCAAGGACGACCUCGUUAUCGUGAUGAGAGCCUACCUCGAGAAGCCUCGCACGACCGUCGGCUGGAAGGGUCUCAUCAACGAUCCCGAUAUCGACUCUUCUUUCAAGAUCAACAAGGGUCUUCGUAUCUCCAGACAGCUUUUCUGCGAUUUGACCUCUGCCGGUAUGCCUAUUGCUUCGGAGAUGUUGGACACCAUCUCCCCUCAGUUCCUUGCCGACUUCAUCUCUGUCGGUGCUAUCGGCGCCCGUACUACCGAAAGCCAGCUUCACCGCGAGCUUGCCUCUGGUCUCUCUUUCCCUGUCGGUUUCAAGAACGGAACCGACGGAAACCUCGGUGUUGCCAUUGAUGCCAUUGGCGCUGCCGCGGCUAAGCACCACUUCAUGGGCGUUACCAAGCAGGGCUUGGCCGCUAUCACCCGCACCAAGGGCAACGAGCACGGUUUCGUUAUCCUCCGUGGUGGCACCAAGGGCCCCAACUACGACAAGGAGAACGUCCAGGCUGCGAAGGAGACUCUCAUCAAGAAGGGCCAGAAGCUCGCCAUCAUGGUCGACUGCUCUCACGGCAACUCCAACAAGGACCACCGCAACCAGCCCAAGGUUGCCAAGGUCGUUGCCGACCAGAUUCGCGAGGGCGAGAAAGCCAUCAUUGGUGUCAUGAUCGAGUCCAACAUCAACGAGGGCAACCAGAAGGUUCCUGCUGAGGGUCCCUCGGCGCUCAAGAAGGGCGUCAGCAUCACCGAUGCCUGCAUUGACUGGGAGUCCACUGUCUCGACCCUCGAGGAGCUCGCUGAGGCGGUUCGCGAGCGUCGUGAGGUGAACGGUGGCCUCGCCAGCGGUGUGGCUACCCCCAAGCCCAACCCUCUCGAGGAGGACUAGAGGUUUUCUUCCGAAGAGAGGGAUGAAACUGGGGUUAGAGAGGCAGCAAUGCAGGGAGAGCUGUACCAAGAGACUGUGCAGUGGAUACCGCAUGUGAUGCAGCCUGAUGAUAUCGAGGAGCUGCCCCAUCCGUGCGAACAGUUCUGAAGGCAUUCAAAAGGAAAACGGGUCAUUAAAAGUUCUUGCUUGUAGUUUCACAUAUGGCGGGGAACCAAAAACAGACACGGCCAUGGAGUCAGCGGCGAGCAGUAGGAAUAGCAUCAAUGCCUACCAAGACCUUCGAGAAGCAUACAUAUUGAUACCCAUAUUGUCUGAACCUCUAUUCUCUCUUCGUUUCGCAGAACGGAGCCAGCUCAGGUCAUUGUCAAUGAGAGAUUGCGCGGCUCUAUCGCAACAACAGUGCGUUGUUCCAAGUUCUAUACUAAGAUGAAGGCUUCAGUUUGAUCAGUAUCUUUCUGCUCACGCGUAGGUAGUCUAAAGUUCCCUUCUCCUAAUGUAAGAAGGCCUUGUCUAUCCUG